UGUCCGGUGGUAAAAUGCAAAUCCACAAGAAAAAGAGAAAGUUUGAAAUGGGAAGACAACCAGCCAUAACUAAACUCGGAAAGAAAAAAUCAGCAACCUUAAACACAGAGCUAUUAAACUAUCCUUGGCAGUCCGAAAGUGUGUCCUUCAAAACAAAAAACUAUAAUACUGUAUACAAUGCUACCAAUAACGAGCUCACCAGAACUAAGACCCUUGUCAAGAAUGCUAUUGUCCAAAUUGAUUCAACUCUAUUCAGAAACUGGUACUUCCAACAUUAUGGUAUUGACUUGUCUGGCCACGCCAAGGAUAAGCUCAAGGCCAAGCAAGAAAAAAGAACUAUUGACUAGAAAGUCGCAAAUAUGAUUGCUAAAGGUAAAGUGCUUGCUGCAAUCUCCUCAUGAUCAUGACAGUCUGGAAGAGCUGCUGGAUACCUUUUGUAAAGAAAAGAACUUUAAUUCUACCUUAAGCAGAUGGAAAAGAAAAAUAAUCGCUACAAUUUUUCCUAAGGAUUAUGCC